UUGCAGGCCACAGUGAGAACACAUGAGUAGAAGAAGAAAAUUUCUUCUUGCCUCAGUUCUUGCUCUCCAGAAUUCGAGUUUUAUAUAUCCUUCAUGUGAGAAGUGCCUCUCUCGGGUACUCCUGGUCUCCAAAAGAUCUAAUUGUCCAAAAUGUGGCUCUACUGGUGAAGCUGAAAAUGCCAGUUACAGAUAUAAACUUUCCUUAAAAGUUGCGGAAUCAAACAAAUUAUUUGGCAUUACUGUAUUUGGAAGCUGCUUAGAUGCAUUUUUUGGUCUUACAGCCACUGGUUUGCACAGGUACAUUCAGGAUCCUAAUGAAAUUCCACAAACACUGGACAGUAAUACAACUCAGAACCUAUUAACUAAAGCAGUGGAAACUUGCUUUGUUGGACAAAGCUUUAUUUUUGGAGUUACGAAUUUUGAAAACCAACAUGGACAAGGUUCAGAUUCUUAUAACUUCUUACGUCAGUGCCCUGACCGCAGGACAGAAGUUAAAGCACUAGUAGCUUGCCAGAUGGUUCUACCAGACCCAGGUGUUGCAGGCUUCACUGUCAUUGACUAUUUCCAUCAGCUUUUGCGGCUUUCUGAUUUCAGGAACCUUCACAGUGGCUACCAGACACCUAAUAGCCACUUACUUGCUCUAGAACACUCAAGUAGUGAUCUGAGCAACAUAUGUGGCCCUGACAGCAGUUCUUGUUUUUUUGAGUCACAUGGCAGAGAUAGUUUUUCAAGAUUCUGGCAGCCAUCACUUGAACUCACUUCCAUUGUUUCACAACUAACAGAAGAUGAUGAUUUUUCAGCUUCAGAACAAAGCAAGGCCAUUGAUACUCUUCACCAGAACAGAAAGUGCAUCUCCUUUGCAGAGGCCACUGCUUCCAAUAGCUGCCCUGAUGCCAUUCAAGGUUCAUGGACCCUUGUUUCAUAUAUGGAUAAAAACAGUACAGCACAAAAGUUGGGUGAAGAACUUGGCUUACAAGCUAAUCAGCCAAGUGCAGUUCACAGCAGUCAUCAUGAAAUUGAAGUUACUGACUCUAAUUUAUUCUCUUUGAAAAUGCGAGAGCCCCUUGAGCCAAGUAAUACAAAAUCCUUCCACAGUGCAGUGGAAGUUAAAAAUAGAUAUUCCCAGCGUAGGCUAACAUGUCACCGGCGUCAGGAUGUGGAUACCCACCCUAGCCUUCAGGAGAGAUCUACAUGUUGUCCACCUUCAUCACUCAGGCUUGAAGAGAUAGCUGGUGCUUCCCAGGAUUGUGACCCCGAGAUUUGGGAUGAUCUGCCGUUCUCUGAAAGCUUAAACAAGUUUCUGGCAGUUAUCGAAAAUGAGAUUGCUGUAAUUCAGACAGAUGCCAGUAGUAGGAAACAUCAUCUAGAUAACGACAUUGAUAAAUUACAUGCAGACCACAGCAGGUUAUAUCUGACUCCCCAGAGAACUACUGGAACCUUGCAUACACCACCUGUAGCUUUAAGAUUAUCACAAACAACAGUCAAAGCAAACUCUGGUAAAGAUAACUUCCUUUCCAACUGUGAAACAAAUUCAAGUACUAGUGUUCAAGAGGAGUCACAACCAGAUAACACAGCAGAGGCUGUUUCUAUAAGUAGUAGUGGAAGAGAUAUCUCCGAAUAUUUUCUACCAAACGCUUGUCUGUCAGCUCUGUUUCCAUCUUCAAAAGGUUUAAGAACAACAGUUUCUCUUAAGAAGUCUGCCAGAAUUCUACCACAUAGGGCUGAAAUUUCACUUAAGCUCAGUACUUCAGAGAGGGACCAUUCUUGUCUCAAUAUCAAAUAUUUUAAUGGAUGUGGAGAAAAAUCACUUUCAGAAAUGAGUGAGAAAUUGACAACUUUGUGUUCUAGGAGAUAUAAUGAUGUUUCUGACCUUUGCAACUUAGGAAAUAAACAAUAUAGUAGGUGGCCAAAGAACCAAGGUGACAGUUUUACAAUUUGCAGGAAACUUACGUAUCCCUUAGAAGCUCUUUGCAGUAGUCCGAAUAGAAGUACAAACACAUUGAAAGAAAUCUCUUAUGGACAUAUGAAUAAUAACUUCACACAGAACUAUUCUCCUGGUCUUGAGGGUAGCUACAAUGCUUCUGCUGAUCUCUUUGAUGAUAGUGCUAAAGAAAUGGACUUGGCAACAGAAAUUACCAAAAAAUCACAGGGUAUUUUGUUACAACGGGGAAAAUCUUUGGCAGAAAGUCAUCAUACAGAAUCUGAUUUGUCGCUGAGAUCACAUUCUGAAAACUCCAGCCAGUCUUCACAAAAAUUUUCCUUGCAAAACAUGUCUGUCUCUCUGUAUCCAAGAACAUGCUCUUCACCUCGUUUUCAGUCAGAUUCAGAAUGUGAUUUUGAAGAUAGCCAAGACUUUGUUCCAUGUUCACAGUCAACUCCAGUUGCAGGAUUCCACCAAACAAGAAUUCAAGGGAUGGAAGGAGCUUUCAAAAAAUUACCUGCCUUUUAUUCAGAUCUUGAUGCUAACUAUAAAAAAACAAGAAUUUCCUCUGAAAAUGAUGCACAGCAAGCCACCCCUAGCUGUCCAAAAAAUAUAAAAACACCCAGCCAAAAAUCCAGAAGCCCUAUUAUAUCUGAUAUUACACAACCAGAGGUUUUCAACAACUGUCCUAUUGCUGAGUGCCUGGAGACUGACGUUGAUGAAUGGGUCCCUCCUACCACAAAAAAAGUAUUUCUUUCAGAUAUGCUUGGAUUCCAAGCCAUAGGUCUAAGGAAAUGCCGUGCUGCCUGUAAUUCUCCUGAUGAAAAAGAAUUACUAAGAAAGAAACUGAAAUACGUCAAACGAAAAACUGAUAAAUGUUUAAUUAAGAAGGGGUUAAAUUUAAAGAAUAUGCUUACAACAGUAGUUACAAAACAGAAAACUCAUAACUAUAACAGUCCAAGUUCAGGCUGGAUUUCCAAAGAGUCAGUCUUGGGACUUGGUUCUUGUUCAGAAAUCAAAUGUUGCCUUCCAUUUUCAGAAAAUUGCCCAUCUUCAGCACCUGAAACUAAAAGUGCUUGGUCUCCUGAACUGUUUUCAUAAAAAGUUACCUGAACCCAAUUGCUGAACUUUAAAAAGUA